UCCUUGUGAAGCCAUCACUAUUCAGCAAUUGCCGCUUCUGAAGAGCUCAGCCCAGCCGCCUCCAGUUCCCCCACCUGCCCCACUCUGGCUGCAUUCACAGUGAUCUAGAUUUUUACAUCCAACUGGAUUUGAGCAGUUGCUGCUACAGAGGAAAGGGAAAGGGGGAUUCUCCUUCCAUCUCAUCCUGCCUGCAGAAGAGUUCCGCGAUGCUUGAAAGCUUGCAUUCUUUUUUAUCAGCAGGCGCUGGGUGAAGAAAAGACACAGCUUUCCCCAGAAAGUCCCAAUCAUCGGGAGAGCAACAACACACAGUGAAUGUCCUUCCUUGGAUGUGUCUGGUGUUCCUCCCUUGGGGACCAGCCUGUUGCUAACUCUGGCUCAGGGGUGGGUGGGAGGGAGGCAGACCGUAUUUUCUUCAAUUAAAUGUUUGGCUUUUAGCAUCCCUUCCCUCUCCUUCCUGUACUGUUGGGUGGAAGGAAACCAGAGCAGCCUUCACUCUACAGGCCAGUUUGUCCCCCUCGACGGAGGCUCCAUCCCCCCACCCACCCCGCCUUCCUUUGCUGGGAGACAAUGGACCUUUUCAAGGGGAGCCUGGGUUGGCUGCUUUUGCUUCCCUGGGUGCAGCAGGUGUCAGGAGCAGGUGGCUUCCUCAUCAAGAACGUCCGCCUGGAAAAGUGUCUGCACACCUCCUUCCACGAGACCGCGAAGAUUGGCCUGGCUGAAUGCAAACCGCGUUCCCCGCAGCACCAGUGGGGCUGGGACGCAGCCGCCAGGGCCAUCGUCAGCCUCCACACCCAGCAGUGCCUGACGGCUCUCGAGCCUCAAGAACUCGCCUUGGCUCAGCUGGAGCCUUGUGGCAGCAGCCUGCUCCAAGCCUGGGUGUGCAGCAAGAAGGGCCACCUCACCUUGGCGGGCCUGGGCCUGCACCUCAGCACCAAGCCAGGGGGCCACAAGGCCUUCCUGUCCCCGGAGAAGGACAAGUUCAGCAGGUGGAGGACCCUGGCGGAGGAGACCGUCUGCACUGCGGGACUGGCUGGGGCUCCUCCGGCACACAGCAACCCAGCGGUGGAGGCUGCAGGCGGCUUGGCCUGGGCCCGCGGAAGUAAAGCUACCGUUCCGCCAGAGGCCUCUGCUCUCUCUGUAGAUCCUACCACUGCCUCUCCCACCACUGUUUUGGCGAAUAUCACCAGCACUCUCCCAACAAAGAAAGAGAGAAGCCUGGGAAUAGAUCAGGAAAAGCUCACACAUCAUAAAAAGCAUGCUGGCAAUCAGAGGAAGACUCCGGGUUCCCGACAUCCAGGUACCAACUGGAAGACGGUCAUGCUUGUCCUGUGCCCGCUGGCCUUUAUCCUGGGACUGAUCAUCCUGGCGCUCAACAUCCAUUACAACAAGAAGAAGAAAAUGCUGUAUGCUUUGAAGAGCCGCCCAGACAAAAGUUGCAAGGUGGGCCAUGAUGAGGAGCUUCUGUCCACACCUGGGACAGGUGGCAUCAGUCCCAAGACACAGAUAAUCCCUGCUUCCCCUUCUCCUUCCUUGAAGCACGGCGAGAUCUUGAUCGAAUGGAAAGAUGGAACCAUCACUCCACUCUUCGACAACAUGAACUAUCAGAUAUGCUAAGCAUUAUUUGAGCUGAAUCUCUUUUUCCCCCAGUGGGAUCAUUGUCACUACCAUUGGAGCAGAUUGCACUUUUAACCGUCUUGAUAAGAAAGCAGGUAAUGUCAAGGUAAUUUUUUAAAAAUCACAUUCAUAUGGCACACUUAUAUUGGUAGAUAGUCUCUCUAAAUGUACAAGUGGGUGACCAGGCUUUCUUAAUGUACCUGACUAUGCUAAACAGUAACCAAGGUCUGGGCCAUGUUUGUAAUUAUGAAACGGUAUAGCCCUUAUGUGAGGACUAUACAGCUGAGAAUGCAUUUGUCCGAAGCUGACUUUCCAGGCAGAAGGCUAGCUUUCAAGCUGCCUGGCAUGAAACAUUCUGUGACCUUCACCAUUUCAAGCAUCACUUUUCCAUCCAGGUGGUACAGUCCUCUCCUGAGGACUAGGCAGCUUCAGAAUUGCAAAUAUUAAUUAGCCUUAAACUUGGCCAUCAACUGCCUUAACAGGGCUGUGCUUUUUACCUCCUGCAGAAGGGUUCCUAUUGGGUGCUUAUCCUGAGACCACCUCUACCCCAUAGACAAGGGUUGGGGCACAUAUGCCUGUGUUAUUCAACUGUGGGUCUAAAAAGGGAGGAAGACACACAAUUGUUUUGAAAUGUAGCUGUUCUCUAACUUAGCACUCUGUUAACACAGCACUGCGAAGCUAACAGAUGAUGCACUAAUGACUGCAACUACUACUCAGUUUCUCCAAAGGAAGUUGGGCAUUGAACAAAAUAAUACAGGGGCAUGAACUUUUGCCUGUACAGCUCUCAGACUAUAGGUAAAAUAAGGGCUUCAUGAGCAGUGAAGCUCAGGGCUUCAUGAGCAGUAGGAAUGGGGUAGGAGAGAAUCAGGUGUUCUUAAGGACUAGUGACUUGCUUAGCUGAUCUCAGGUUUAAAGGCUGUAAACCUGCUGUAAACCACCUAGAGACUUCGGUAGUGGGCGGUAUACAAAUAUGUUAAAUAAAUAAAUAAAUGAUGAUGGCUUAUAAAAGCAAUGCGGACUAUUAAUGCCAUAGAAAUACAAUAAGAGGCUUAAAAGGCAAUGGGAAGAUUAUGCUGUGAAAUAUAUUGGUUUAUACUCAUGCUUAAUGUACAUUUCGCUGUAUCACUUAUCUUUGCUUUGCUGAUCUGGAGGACAGAGACUCCAGUGUGACAUGCUCUCCUGGGUAUCAGCCUCUGCUUUUACCCAGAUGUAAUUGGUUGUAAACAAGGUUCAAAAUAAAAGACUAAACUUUGAA